GGAAUGUUAACACUGGUGAAUUAGCAGCAAUUAAAGUAAUUAAAUUGGAACCAGGAGAAGACUUUGCAGUUGUGCAGCAAGAAAUUAUCAUGAUGAAAGACUGUAAACACCCAAAUAUUGUUGCUUAUUUUGGAAGCUAUCUCAGGCGAGAUAAACUUUGGAUUUGCAUGGAGUUUUGUGGAGGAGGUUCUUUGCAGGAUAUUUAUCAUGUAACUGGACCACUCUCAGAACUGCAAAUUGCUUACGUUAGCAGAGAAACAUUGCAGGGAUUAUAUUACCUGCACAGUAAAGGAAAAAUGCACAGAGAUAUAAAGGGAGCUAACAUUCUAUUAACGGAUAAUGGCCAUGUAAAAUUGGCUGAUUUUGGAGUAUCUGCACAGAUAACAGCUACAAUUGCCAAGCGGAAGUCUUUCAUUGGUACACCAUAUUGGAUGGCUCCAGAAGUCGCGGCUGUAGAGAGGAAAGGGGGAUAUAAUCAGCUCUGUGACCUCUGGGCGGUAGGCAUCACAGCCAUAGAACUUGCCGAGCUUCAGCCUCCUAUGUUUGACCUACACCCAAUGAGAGCAUUAUUUCUAAUGACAAAAAGCAAUUUUCAGCCUCCUAAAUUAAAAGAUAAAAUUAAGUGGUCAAAUAGUUUUCAUCAUUUUGUGAAAAUGGCACUUACCAAAAAUCCCAAAAAAAGACCUACUGCUGAGAAGUUGCUACAGCACCCUUUUGUCACACAGCCCUUGACACGUUCUUUGGCAAUAGAGCUGCUGGAUAAAGUAAAUAAUCCAGAUCAUUCCACUUACCAUGAUUUUGAUGAUGAUGAUCCUGAGCCCCUUGUUGCUGUACCACAUAGAAUUCACUCUACAAGUAGAAAUGUGAGAGAAGAAAAAACACGCUCAGAGAUUAACUUUGGUCAAGUGAAAUUUGACCCACCUUUAAGGAAGGAGACAGAACCACAUCAUGAACUUCCCGACAGUGAUGGUUUUUUCGACAGUUCAGAAGAAAUAUACUACACUGCAAGAUCUAAUCUGGACCUACAACUAGAAUAUGGACAAGGACACCAAAGUAGUUACUUUUUAGGUGGAAACAAGAGUCUUUUGAAAUCUGUUGAAGAAGAAUUACAUCAACGAGGACAUGUGGCACAUUUAGAUGAUGAAGAAGGGGAAGAUGAUGAUUCUAAGCAUUCAACCAUGAAAUCAAAAGUCCCACCACCUUUACCACCAAAGCCUAAGUCCAUCUUCAUACCACAGGAAAUUCAUUCUACUGAGGAUGAAAAUCAAGGAACAAUCAAGAGAUGUCCCUCAGCUGGGAGCCCAGCUAAACCCUCCCAAGUCCCACCUAGGCCACCACCUCCCAGAUUACCCCCACAGAAGCCUGUUGCUUUAGGAAAUGGAAUGAACUCCUUCCAGUUAAAUGGUGAGCGAGAUGGAUCAUUAUAUCAGCAACAGAAUGAACAUAGAGGCACAAACUCUUCAAGAAAAGAGAAGAAAGAUGUACCAAAGCCUAUUAGUAAUGGUCUUCCCCCAACACCUAAAGUGCAUAUGGGUGCAUGUUUUUCAAAGGUUUUUAAUGGGUGUCCCUUGAAAAUUCACUGUGCAUCAUCAUGGAUAAACCCAGAUACAAGAGAUCAGUACUUAAUAUUUGGUGCCGAAGAAGGGAUUUAUACCCUUAAUCUUAAUGAACUUCAUGAAACGUCAAUGGAACAGCUAUUCCCUCGAAGAUGUACAUGGUUGUAUGUAAUGAACAACUGCUUGCUAUCAAUAUCUGGCAAAGCUUCGCAGCUUUAUUCUCAUAAUUUGCCUGGGCUAUUUGAUUAUGCAAGACAAAUGCAAAAGUUGCCUGUUGCUAUUCCAGCACACAAACUCCCUGACAGAAUACUGCCAAGGAAAUUUGCUGUUUCAGCAAAAAUCCCCGAAACCAAGUGGUGUCAGAAGUGUUGUGUUGUGAGAAAUCCUUACACAGGCCAUAAAUACCUAUGUGGGGCACUUCAGACGAGCAUUGUUCUGUUAGAGUGGGUUGAACCAAUGCAGAAAUUUAUGUUAAUUAAGCACAUAGACUUUCCUAUACCGUGUCCACUCAGAAUGUUUGAGAUGCUGGUUGUUCCUGAGCAGGAGUACCCUUUAGUCUGUGUUGGAGUCGGUAGAGGGAAAGAUUUUAACCAAGUGGUCCGAUUUGAGACCGUCAACCCAAAUUCUACCUCUUCAUGGUUUACUGAGUCAGAUACCCCACAGACAAAUGUUACUCAUGUCACCCAACUGGAGAGAGAUACCAUCCUCGUAUGUCUGGACUGUUGUAUAAAAAUAGUAAAUCUCCAAGGAAGAUUAAAAUCUAGCCGAAAAUUGUCAUCAGAACUCACCUUUGACUUCCAGAUUGAAUCAAUAGUUUGUCUACAAGACAGUGUGCUAGCUUUCUGGAAACACGGCAUGCAAGGUAGAAGUUUUAGAUCUAAUGAGGUAACACAAGAAAUUUCAGAUAGCACAAGAAUUUUCAGGCUCCUUGGAUCUGACAGGGUCGUGGUUUUGGAGAGUAGACCAACUGAUAACCCAACAGCAAAUAGCAAUCUGUACAUCCUGGCAGGUCAUGAAAACAGUUACUGAGGAAGAACAAAUUCUGCUGUAACCGGAGUGGACACUUGAAGCUGUACAAAAGCUGCAGUAACCUGCCUUCAGUUCCUUGUAAUUUAUUGUGGCAUGAGACAAGAUGGGGAAAAUAUUUGUUUUAAGUGGUAUGGAUAUAUUUAGCAUAUUGAAAACCACACAAGUGCUUAAUUCAUUGUUAUGUAAUCUUUGUACAUAUAGGCGGUAUUUUUCUGUGAAACUUCAUAUUGCUGAAGACAUAUACUAAAAACUUAUGUAGAUAAUGUACUUUUAUGAGAUGUACAAGUAAGUGUCCUAUCUGUACAGAUGUAAAUGUUGAUGAAAAUGCAAUUGGGGUUAAUAUUUUAAGAAUUCUUUAGUAUAUUCUUGGGUGUGGUUAUUACAAAAUGGGAUGCUGGCAAUGAAGCAGUACACUUAACACUAUGGUAUUUUUAUUAUAUGUAAUUUAGUAAUAUGAAUAUAAAUCUUGUAACUUUUAAAAUUGUAAUGGAGGCUGUAAUCAUUUUAUAAUCUUGUUUUUAAUUUUAAUGCAAGUACACUGGUGUUUAUAUUUGCACAGAGUAUUGAUAUGUGAUGUAUUAAGUCACAAAAGUAAGCUGUGACAUUGUCAAUAUGCAUUUGGCUUCAUAUCUUUUUUACAUGUUUACUAUGUGAAACAAACCAAUUAACCACCAGUUGUAGUAACUGAUCUUUUAUAUUUAAGCAGAGUCUUAUGAGAUUGCUUGUCUGUGCUUCAAAUAUACCCUUAAAAGAAUUUUAAAUCACAGAAUAGCGGUACCAUGAUGUAACACUGCAAUUGUUGUGUCUGAAUUAUAGUAUACACAAAAUAAAUUAGCAUUAUUAAAGAGUCCACACUAAACAUUUCAUAUAAUCACACUGAAGAACUGUAACAUUCCAGAGUGAAGUGGCUCAGAUUUCUAGUGGAAUUUCUAUUUUUGUUGGCCUUUACGAUCAUUUUCAUAUUUCGUUUUAGAGUAUUAACACAUGGCCAAAAUAAUUUAGUUACUACCUCAUAUAAACAAUAUAUUGGUCACUACACAUCACAGAAACUUAGUUUGAGUUAAAGCCAUUUUUGAGUGCUUUCUUUUCCAAUGAGAUAAUGUGUAUACAAAGUUUUAGCACACUUUUGGCUCUUUUGGUAUAUGUUCUUUAUAUUUCAAUGCGAGUAUAUACACUAAGAACAAGCUAAAUUGUGGUUUUUGGUCUUCAUUUAUUUUAAUAGAUAAUGGUUUAAAAUAUGUUCUCAACUGUAUAUAGUGUAAAAUAAACAUGUUUUUUAACAUGCUGUUGUACAGUAGAUUGUCAUCUGGCUUAAUGUGUAUGUAAUAACUAAAUUAUAUUAAGGGAGAAAAGUUGUUUUACACUUAAAUCCCUAAGUAUGGAAUUAUGGUCCCUCACAUCUUGAUUGAAGCAGAAAUAUUUCCACAUCUGAGAAAAGGGAAAUUUUUGUAGAAUCUUCAACUUCUGAUCAGGAAACACACUUAAACAUUCAGAGUGUUCUGGUGGGAACCAGGAUCAGCCUGUUUCGGUAAAUAAAGUCUUGUUGGAACACAGCGCCA